AUGGCUAAAGAUAAAAAAAAGGCCAAAUCAGGAAUCCCCAAAACUGUGCCCAAACAAGAUGAAUACGAAAGGAUAUCUUAUUUAUAUCAAUUAGGAAUGACAUCGGUCAAAAACCUGAAACUAAAAAUGUUAUCAAGAGGUUAUAAUAGAAAUGGUAACAUAAUAUCUAAAAAAGCAGUACUAAGAUUAUCACCCCAUUUCAAAAGAGCUAGUUGUAAGAAAUGUGACACUAUACUAGUUCCUGGACUUACAAUGUCUGUUGAGUUGACGAAUGAUUCGAAAGACAAAAAUCAAAAGAGUGAUAUACUAGUUUAUAAAUGUGAAAAUUGUGAAGAUAUCAGAAGAUUUCCUGUAGGAAAAGAUAGAGAAUAUGAGUUAUUCUGUGAUCAAAAUGAAGUCAAGAAUUGA